AUGGCAGCAGCAGAAAAGUCAGCCACAGAAGAGGCAUAUUCCGGUCCCUCCGUGCGCAUUCCUUUCAGUGGAUUCCUGUUUGACAUGGACGGCACAAUCAUCGACUCUACCGCGGCCGUGGUCAAGCACUGGUACACUGUUGGCAAGGAGAUUGGCGUAGAUCCAGAAGUCAUUCUGGAGACGUCACACGGCCGCCGAAGCAUUGACAUGCUCAAGAUUCUCGCCCCGGAAAAGGCGAACUGGGAGUAUAUCUGCGCGAUGGAGGGCCGCCUUCCGAAGCUGUAUGGCGAGGACGCUGUCGAAAUUCCGGGAGCCCGCGCGCUGAUCGACGAGCUAGGCCGCCUGGACCGCCCGUGGGCCAUUGUCACGUCGGGCUCGCAGCCGCUGGUGACGGGCUGGCUGGCCCGCCUAGGUCUGCCCACGCCCGAGCACCUGAUCACGGCCGAGUCCGUGGCCGAUGGGAAGCCCAACCCAGCCUGCUACCAGCUGGGCCUAGAGGCGCUCCAGCUCACGGCCGUGGCCGAAUCUGUGCUCGUGCUCGAGGACAGCCCCGCCGGUAUCAGAGCCGGCAAGGCGGCCGGCUGCAAAGUGCUCGGCCUUGUCACCAGCCAUACGGCCGAACAGGUCGCUGCAGCCGGCCCCGAUUGGAUUGUCAAAGACCUCACCUCCGUCCGGGUGGUCGAGCAGCAAGCUGCGGCCGGAGGAAAGACCUCCACUACGUUGGAGUUUUCCAACACGCUAGUGCUGCCCAAUGCCUAG